GGUGGAAACCAACACGUUAACGCUCAAAAACGUCUUGCUCGCUGGACGCUGGUUUGCGUGUGUGUACAGCGGAGCUGAGUGUCCGGUUCAGUCCAGUGCGGGCUGUUUGAUGAGGUGCACGCCGUUAGCUCACGGACGCUGCGCUGUUCAGGCCAGUUCAUCUCUUUUUCACAGCAGCUGCGUGGAAAAAAGUUUCUCUCAGGAGGAACGUGCCGAAACAAUGUCCCGGAAGGCGCGGCUGAUGGGGUCCCGCCUCCUCUCGCUUCUACUGGUGUCCAGUGUGUGUGUGUUGAGGGCAGAGUACUCCAGUUGUGGAGAGAAUGAGUUUUAUAAUCACACCAGCAGCAGCUGCCAGCCAUGCCCACCGUGCCAACCAGGACAGGAACCAUACAUGAGCUGCGGUUACGGCACCAAAGACGAGGAUUACGCCUGUGUUCCCUGCCCGGCGGGAAAGUUUUCAAAAGGAAAGUAUGAAAUCUGCCGGAGGCAUAAAGACUGUGACUCUCUGUACCGGGCCACCGUGCUGACCGCGGGGACGCCGCAGAGCGACGCCGAGUGUGGGCCCUGCCUGCCCGGGUACUUCAUCUUGGAGAGCCGACCGAGGAACAUCUACGGCAUGGUGUGUCACUCCUGUCAGAACGCUCCGCGGAACACCAAAGAGUGCAUGCGGACGACGUCCGUGGUAUCAGGACGUGUCCCUGGAGUCUCCUCUGCUAGUACCACCAUUUUCCCUCACGCCGAGAAAGAUCCCACUGGGCAGGGUCACCUAGCAACAGCCCUCAUCAUUGCCAUGUCCACCAUCUUCAUCAUGGCCAUCGCCAUUGUGAUGAUCAUAAUGUUCUACAUCCUGAAGGCCAAGCCGAGCGGGCAAGCAUGCUGCUCUGGACAGAUCGUGAAGACCAUAGAGGCUCCCAGCAACAAGCAAGAAGAGAAGAAAGAGGUUAAAGAGAGUGUUGUGAUAUUCGCAGAGAAGGACGAAUUUGACAAGCUCAAGCCACCUCCUCCAAAAGCAGUGAAAAGUGAAAACGAUGCGUCGUCGGAGAACGAGCAGCUGCUGAGCCGCAGCAUCGACAGCGACGAGGAGGCGGCGCAGGAGAAGCAGGGCGCUACCGACCUCUGCCUGCUGUCGCUCGUCCACCUCACUCGAGACAAGGCCUCGUCCAUCGGCACCAUCAACAACAACAACAACAACUGCAGCAGCAGCAAAGCUAUGGGGAUUCACAGUCGGAGGAAAAAAAUCCUGGACUUGUACACAAAAGCUUGCAGUGUUGCAGAGGGUCUGAGCCCCAUAGAGCUCCCCUUCGACUGCCUGGAGCGCACGAGCCGCAUGCUCAGCUCCACCUACAGCACGGACAGGGCUGUGGUCAAGACGUGGAGGCACCUUGCCGAGAGUUUUGGCCUGCGGAGGGACGAGAUCGGGGGCAUGACAGACGGGAUGCAGCUAUUCGACCGGGUCAGCACUGCCGGAUACAGCAUCCCGGACCUGCUGACCAGGCUGGUCCAAAUAGAGAGGCUGGAUGUGGUGGAGGCUCUCUGCUUCGACAUCCUCGGAGGACCGGAGAGUGGAGCGCCCCCUUCCAGGCAACACCCGACCCUUUCUUCCCGCUGUGCGAGCGUGUAAGAACCGGACACUUUCCUUGCUCCGAAUCACAUGAAGAAUACCCACCCUCCAGAGGUGAAGAGGCUGACAGAGACAGUCGAGUUGGCCCCGUACAGUGGGGCUGUUUUCCACUCCGUGCUUAUGCUGAUAGGAGAGAAAGCUUGAGCUACUGGUUCAGACUUUGUGGUCAGUCCAAGUUCCACGAUGGAACAUGAAGUCCUCUCCAGAUUCGAUGCAAAUGGGCAGUUUGUCUUAUUUUCAGUGCUUUGUUCAAAACGUCACGUCCAAACAAGUACUGAAGUGGUUGUAUACUUUGCGCUGGACGCCCCUAUUAAUGAUAUUUCCAUGAACAGAUUUGUGGUACCCCAAGCAUUUAAUACAGCCUGUUCUUCAUGGGUUUUGGCAACAUGCAGAUCGACCAGCUUGCACACUUCACCCAGUUCCAUUUCUAAAGGUUGUUACAUACCAAACGGGAUGUGAACAAACGUAAACGGUGUGAAAAUGUAAAAUAUUUAAAUGUACUUUUUCGCACAGACACUAUACACACCAUGUGCCUUAUCUUUGGAAUUUGGCAGUGUUGUUUAUGCUGUGAAAGAAAAACCGAACAAAGAUAUUAUUUGUUUAGACUUAAGGAUAUCAAAUUAUGGAUAACGCUAGUAUCGCAGAGCUGUACUUGAUCUUCUAAUGAGUAUAUAUGUCCGGAAACAACUUUUGAUACUGGAUUGCUGCAAAAUUCACUGUGUACAAGGGAAUGCCACCUCAAAACCUACCCAAAGUCCUCUAGUCUGUGCCCUGUUAUUAUCCAGAGUACAGUUGAUAAAACAAGUAAGACGAUCUAGCCGGCAUAUUGCUGUCUUUAGCUAAUGGAACUGUUAUUGUCUUGUAAUGUUUGCAAUGUAACACUCACAUAUACCUGCUUAAUUGGAGGGGCUUUUGAGCCAUGCUAACUUAUGUUACAUCCAUGAGUUACCGAGAGGCUUGUCUGUUGGAUAUCAAUGGGCGCAACAUCACCUCCUACUUUGAGUUUGCCUUCACAAGGCGCUGGAUUGGUUUAGAAAUUUCACACUCGGUUUGUUCCCACCCUAAUAAGUCUACAUUUCCACCCACUUUAAACCCAGAAUUUCUCAAGGUUGUCCCCAGACGUUCAUGUUACGAGAUCCUGUCUCAAACCGCAAGACUAGGCAAACUGUGCCCAAACUUUCCACAGGUGAAAGUAG